AAAUAACCACAAGUAGAAUUUUACAUGAAACAUGGAGACUUUAUGACAGAAAACAGGCAACAUGUUUGCAGACUCUUGUUAUAGGAUUAAGUGAUAAGUUGUUUGUUUUCUUGAAUGUAAUGGAGUUGAAAAAUUGUUGUCUAGAAUCAUAUACAAUCUUUGAAGUUGUAAAUUUUUACAAAUCUGAAACUUGGAAACUUCAAGCCAAAUGCAAUAUUGGUAGCUUAAAAGAUGCAAUGAGGAAAGGCAACAUGGCUGUACAUGGGCAAAUGUUAAGAGAAAUUGACAAAGUAGAUUUAAAUGAUCUAACAUAUGAUGAUCCUAUAAGUAAUGGCAUAGUUGAUCUUAAAUGUGAUCGUUUUCUCAUAAAUGAGGAUAAUUUUGAUGUUCUUGUGCUUUCUGGGAAUCACCAAAAGCGAAAAACAAUUAUUUUAACUUUCUUUGAAAUAGGGAAUACUCUCAUUAUAAACAAGUUGACAAGUGAAAAAGGUGCAAGAUUUAAUUUCCCUAUAUCAGAAACUAUGAUAUCAUUAUUCAAUGAAUCAGUUCAGGAAGUGGAAGAUUUUGUUGACUUUGAGGCAAAAGGACCUAAUCCUAAUACUAGACCAUUAGGCGGGACCACAAUUGAAUAA